AUGGAGUCCUUCAAGGCCCUUCUAGCGGGCGACACCGAUGAAGAGAAUCAGCCGGACAUCGUGCAGCUGAGUGGCCUGGUUCCACCGUUGCAAAUCGACACAGCUCAAUGCACUAUGGUCAUCAUCAUGCCCCGAAACAAGACUGCCGGCGGUGCAGUGGACCACAAGGAGGUGGUGAACGACCCUUUGAGCAAAGCCAAACGUAUCUUUGACAUUCUCAGCAAUGAUGAAAGUUGCAAGACCUUGCAAAAGCUAGAGCACAUCAAGUCGGACACGCCCAUGAGCAUGGCAGACUACCAGGCGGACAUUCGCAAGCGGCUGCUCGAAGUUCUCGAGUCCUCUGGUCUCCAGGUCCAGCAUUUUCCCAGUCUUGACGAGGACGAGACGUUCCUGAAGCUUUAUUUGCCCCUCGAUGGCCCCGAGAUUGGCAUUAUGGCAGAGCGCUUGGAGUACGACAUGCCUCUGAAGGAAACCUGCUACGAGAAGAUCGAGAAGCGCGGCCCAUACCAAGGUCACACGCCCAUGCAGAACGAUGACGCGCGCACCGUCCUGGCGAGAACACGCUUCCAUGUCGCAGAGAAGGACAAGUUUGCUCCCUUUCGCAGCAUCGAUGCUAUUCGGCUUUUGGAGUUUUGGCUUGAUCAAUGGGUGAGCCUGGACGAGAUGGUGCAGCAGGGAGUUAUCACGUGCUAUUUUCCCUGCCCCAGUCCCGCGAAGAUUCAGGAAAUCCACAAUGAAACUCUCACUUACAAGAACUGGCUUAGCCCAUCCUUUGGCAACGCGAGCAUCGUGAUUCGACCCUACUUCGGUGAAGCAAUUGCCUUCUACUUCAAGUUCGUGGCGCACCUGGCGCAGUCCAUGUUGGUUCCUGGCUUUGCCGGCGUCGUUUUCUUCAUCCUGAGAAUGGCUGGGGUGAUCCAACAAAGAGAAGUUGGAUCGGUCAGGACAGGAUUCUGUCUGCUCUUCUCUAUUUGGGCCGCAACCCUCCUCCAACUCUUCGCAAGGCACACUUCCCGGACCAAGCAAUACUGGGGUGUGGCGGAGCAGGAGACUUUUCAGCAGAUAAACAAAGACUGGGACCCCGAGAGAACCGGUGAGAGAGCCAAAAUGGUGGUCAACUUCGCCACGGUGGCAUACGUUGCAGCGUACGUGGGUGGAAUCACCGCACUCCUGACCUGGCAGUACAACCUUCCGACCGACUCAUGGCUCGCCAGCGUCUCCUCGCUGUUGCUGACCUUGGUUAUCAAGGGCGGGAAUUUCUUGUGGUCCGUCUUGGCACCGAAGCUCGUCAAGAUUGAAAACCAUCGGACCGAAGCCGACGAGGAGGAGAAGCUUUCGGCGCUGCUUGCUGGAGUCAAGCUCUUUGUUGCCAAUUUCCCGUUCUUCUCGCAUUGCUUCUUGACCAACGCAUUGCAGGCCGAGUGUGGGGCAACCUUCGAGGAAGCCGCCUCAAUCGCUUUCCCGGGUUUCAACAAAGCCUUACUGAGCAAUGAGACGCUUCACGCUUUGCACGGCUUUGCCUGGAAGAGGAAUCACAGGGUCUGCAUCGGUGGCUGUGUCCCCUCUGACUACACCACGGCGCACCUCUACAGUGAGACCAACUGCGAUGCUGAUGUGAUAUCCAACCUGACCACCUUCUUUAUUUUCGCUAUUAUCACCGAAAUCGCCCUUUUGAUCUUGCCGAUCAUUCUGUCAUACCUAGAAAUUGCCAAGGAGUAUGCGAAGAUGACGCAGAAGGACUCCGACAGCGAAGAUGGUCAGGAUGCGAAGCCAUACAGCUUCCUGCAGUGGGAGGCUAAGAAGUUCCCUUAUGAGUUUGGCUCUUGGGGCGGGGACAAGGUCAACGAUUUCCUUGACAUGUCGAUCAACUACUCCGUCGUAGCAUGCUGGGGCGUGAUUUAUCCCCCCAUGGCCGCCAUUGCGGCUAUCGCUUUGUUUAUCCUCCUGCGGCUACGCGUCUACCGGAGUCUGUAUGUCACCCGGAGGCCCUUGCCCAGGGCCAGUGCCGGCCUAGGAAUUUGGAGGACCAUUUUCCAGUGCAUCAACAUCACGGCAGUCGCCUGCAAUGUCGGCUUGGCUGCUCUGUUCUUUUAUCCAAUGCGUACGAGGCCGUUUGGCAUCCAGCUGAUGUUCUUCUUGAUUUUCGAGCAUGCGAUCCUCAUGCUUCAGGCCACAGUGAAGUUCCUCAUUUCGGACUCCCCUGUGGAUGUCACCAACAUCGGACACUACAACGAGUAUGUUAAGAAGACGAUGAAGAAGAAGAUGGGGAAUGACAUCUAUCCUGCGCAAACUUCUUUGCGUCAUGUCGAUGUAUCACUUAACCCGGACAACAUCGAAAGUGAGGUGGAGAGCGACUCCUCCUGA